GAACUGCGGGAGUUCUGGGGCAACAAGAGCUCGAAAGGUUUUGCAGGUCCUGGUCUAACUGGAUCCAGGCUCUCGAAAAACGAAGCCCAAGCGACCUUGCAAAGACUCCUCAUCGCAGGUGGAGAUUUCGAUGAGGUUCGAAAGCUUCGAAAGAUUAUUGCUGAGUUGGAUUCAACAUGA